CCUCUCCUCUCUCCCUUUGUUAUUACCGACCAGAUCGCCCCCCCAUCUUCGCUCCCCGUCCCAGCCGGGGGUGUCUCUAAGCCCAGGAUGGCAUCCGCCGGCAGAGUCGGCUUUAGAAGAUCGGCCUAUGCCUUGCUACCGGGUACAUCUGGCCGCCCGAUUGGAGGCAAGGAGGGGAGCGAAGGAAAAAUCCGUCCUCUGGUUAUCGGUUCCUCCUCUUGGGUUUUCUUAGGCGAAGUCGUAAGAGAGACUACCCAAUACCACCUCGCUCCCGACUCGAAUCCAACCCCCAAGAGCAGCUCUCACUCCCCUACUCGCCUCACCCUCCGACGAUCCCACUCUACUGCCGGUUGAGUCUCCUCCCCCUCGGAUCUAGAUCAAGUUAGGCUGUGAAGGAGAAGCAAGCUAGCAACAUUUUCUCUCCCUCUCUCCACCGCUCGCCCGUCCGUCCCGUAGCCCCCUCCGCCCCUCCCGGACGUGCCCCUCUCCGAACCUCGGAUUGAAAAUUGCUCGGUCUGAAAGCGGCGAGACCGGUCAAUGAGCAAGCGCAGUGACUAUGACGGGGUCCAGUCCGAGGAUCGGCGCGCUUUGAACCGAGAAGGAGAAGAGGGAGACGACGAGAGCCUUGUCGAUUCGGACAAGGAAUCCGUCGACGACGGUGACGUCCUCGACCUCGAACUCGGCAUCCACAGCAGCGCCUACAAUGAUGUUGACGCUGCUGCUGCCGCCCUUCUGACGGCAUCGCCGCCGUCGCGCGCCCGCGCUACCUUGAACCUCGACACCGGUGCCGCGCUCCCGGACCGCCGCCAGGACCUUGCCGGGGACUCGCUGCGGCCGGCCCACUCGUCCCAGAAGGUGGUCGCGUGGCGUGACCUCCCCCGAAAGAAGCAGCUCGUCGUCAUCACGCUGGCCCGACUCAGCGAGCCCUUGGUCCAGACGUCUCUGCAGGCGUACAUGUUCUACCAGCUGCAGUGGUUCGAAUCGAGCCUGCCGGACUCGGUCAUCGCGAGCCAGGCCGGCAUCCUACACGCGAGCUUCACCGCGGCGCAGUUCUUCACGGCCAUGCUGUGGGGCCGCGUCGCCGACUCGACAUGGGCCGGCCGUAAGACGGUCAUCCUGAUAGGGCUUCUAGGCACUCUCGUCUCCGUCAUCGGGUACGGGUUCUCGACCAAGUUCUACCAGGCCCUGCUAUUUCGGUGUCUGGGCGGCGCCACUAACGGUAACGUCGGCGUUAUGCGGACUAUGAUCAGCGAGGUUGUACAUGAAAAGAAGUACCAGUCACGGGCCUUUUUGCUUCUGCCUAUGACGUUCAAUAUUGGUGUUAUCAUCGGCCCAAUCCUAGGCGGUAUCCUGUCCGAUCCAGCCGGGUCUUAUCCCGAUAUCUUCGGGAACAUGGAUUUCUUUCUCCAGUUCCCCUACGCCGCGCCGAACCUCGUCAGCGCAGGGUUCUUGUUAAUCGCUCUAGUAAUGUGCUGGUUGUUCUUAGAAGAGACGCACGACGCUCUCCGAGGCAAACGGGAUCUGGGAAUCAUUGUCAGACAGAAGAUCACCUCUAUGUUCAAGAGGCAGGGCACAUCCAUAGCGUACACUCGGCUGCGCUCGCGUGGUAAUAGCAUAAGUACAGUCGAGAUGUCGCCCAUCUCCCCGCGGGACUCGCUCGAGGACCUGCCACCCGCUGCGACCCAGCACCAGCGUCACGCCUCCAGCCCUGGCUCGAAGCGGAGGUACACGCAGACCCUCCCCUUCCGCCGCAUCUUCACGUGGAAUGUUACCGGCACACUGAUCACCCACUUCUUUCUCGCCUUCCACAUCGGCACCUUCAACUCGCUCUGGUUCGUUUUCCUCUCGACGCCCGUGUACGACCCGGCUAACCCGGACCCGCCGGGUUUCGUGCCGCACCUCCCCUUUCGUUUCACCGGCGGUCUCGGCCUGCAGCCGCGGUCCGUCGGCAUCGCGAUGGCAGUCCUCGGCGUCAUCGGCAUCACGCUGCAGCUGUUCCUGUACCCGCGGAUGUCGUCGCGGCUCGGUACGCUGCGCUCGUACCGGCUCUGCCUGUUCCUGUUCCCCGUGGCGUACGCGCUGGUGCCGUUCCUGUCGUUAGUGCCGUCGGCGUCGGCGCCGCCCAGCCCCAAGUCGGGGUGGGCGGUGUGGGCGGCGAUCGCGGGCGUGCUGCUGGUGCAGGUGACGGGGCGGACGUUCGCGCUGCCGGGGCAGACGAUCCUGGUCAACAAUUGCACGCCGCACCCGAGCGUGCUCGGCACGGUGCACGGGCUCGGGCAGAGCGUCAGCAGCUUCGCAAGGACGGUGGGGCCGGCGCUCGGCGGCUGGCUGUACGGGCUCGGGCUGAGCCGCGGCCUCGUCGGCGGCGUCUUCUGGGGGAUCGCGGCCAUGGCGGCGUGCGGGCUCGUCGCGGGCUUCGGCGUCCGCGAGGGCGACGGCCACGAGAUCUGGCUCGGCGGGGACGAGGCGGAGGACGAGGGGCUUAAAUGAAAACCUCCCUCUUAUGGUUUUGGCUAGGAUGGAAUGGAUAUCUACGAGAGGUAUGUCGGAUUCUCGGGGGCUUUUGGAUAGACGGCCGGGACGAGACGUCGAAGACGGGCUGGGAGCACUGGGAAUAGAAUAUAACUACACAGCCAGGAUAUAUAUAAUAGAACAUACCUUGUUAACGAAUUACCUCCGCCGCCUCAGUAGGAGCGCGCGAGUGGGAAGAGGUGCCGAGGAAUCUAUCUGGCCGUUACGCUCAGCGCCCUGCUCCCUUCGCCUCGAUACUUACCUAGCUUGUCUACCUCACAUUGAUUCCGAACGCGUACGAUCGUAAACCGCAACCAUAUAUAAAUACGCCCUAUCCGGGGGCACCGAGCCUACCUCUGUAUCACCGACGUACCUAUCCGUAACUCGUAACUCAU